GGCAGGGCGCCAAAAAGAAGUUGGGGGAGGGGCGGGGCCGUGUACUAGCGUUCCCGUCUCCAUGGUAACUGAUGGAACGCUGCGUGUCUUCCCCGCCCUCCGGUAAAAGAGCCAGGGCGCAAGCGCGGCGCAGUCGUCAGAGCGGAGAGCGCGGCCCGGUGCGCAGAGCGUUGGGAUGGCGCAUUACAAGGCCGCGGACUCUAAGCGAGAGCAGUUCCGCCGCUACCUGGAGAAAUCCGGGGUGCUGGACACGCUCACCAAAGUGUUGGUAGCCCUAUAUGAAGAGCCAGAGAAACCAAAUAGUGCACUGGACUUUCUGAAGCAUCAUAUAGGAGCCGCAGCUCCAGAAAAUCCAGAAGUAGAGGCCCUUCGCCUGGAAGUGGCAGAGAUGAAAGAAAAAUAUGAAGCUGUGUUGGAAGAAAACAAAAAACUAAAAGCAAAGGGAGUGAUAUUUUCAGAGACCUAUCCACAAUGACUUUCUUGAGUGGCAGCAGCUAAUUUGGACUCCAUGGAUUUGUAUGUAUAGUUGGGAUUGUUUUCCAAUAUGCAUUACUUUGUAUUCAUGUGCUCUGAAUGUCAUGUGUCAUUUUGUUGCCCACUCACCCAGUUUUGUGAGAGGCCUUUGUAACUCUUCACAGU